UAGUCUUUGACUGAAGCCGAGGAUACCUUGGACAAAAAAAAAAAAAAAACACCCUCAAACCUCGUGUUAAACCCUAAUUUCUGUCCGUUGCAUUAGCUAAGGAGCUUUGCCGCAUGGGUUGUUAAGUUUUGGCCUGUGGCCAUUGCAAUAUGCAGAGCGAGUUCUCCGAUGCGAAGAAGCGCAGAGAGGAGGACAACCCUCAAACACUCGUUUCCCUCGUACACGACAGUGAGAAGAAGAAGAGAAAGAGAAAGAGAAAGAAGAAAAUCGAGGAAUCAAACGAGCAGCCCCAGGUUGAGGUAUGCCCUAAAUCCUUAGUAGACUCGGUUAUCCCAAUUGUUGCACAAAAGGAAAAUGCUGAAACCACCACAGAGAAUUCUAACCCAACCCCCAAGAAAAAGAAGAAGAAGAAGAAUAAGAAUGUGCAAGAUGCAGAGCAACUUCUGACUUGUGAUCCUUCAAUUGCGAUUGGUGCGGUACCUGAUGUUACGAAAGAAGGAGGAUCACAACAAGGUGAUGCUAAUGGGAAUGGGGGUUUAUGCCCUAAGCCCUUGUUGGACACACCAAUCCCAAUUGUUCCACAAGAGGGAAAUGCUAAAACAUCUACACAGAACCCUAACCCAAUCCCCCAGAAAAAGAAGAAGAAGAAGAAUGUGCAAGGUGCAGAGCAACAUCUGACGUGUGAUCCUUCAAUCCUAAUAGAUGUGGAACCUGAUGUUACCAAGGAAGUAGGGGCACAACAAAUUUCAGAAACAGCUGAAACAACUACACAUGACCCUGUUCCAACCCCCAAGAAAAACAAGAAUAAGGAUGUGCAAGUCGCACAACAGCAACUUCACACAUGCGACCCUUCAAUCCCGACAAGUGCCGAACCUGAUGUUAUGAAGGAAGAAGCAACAAAACAAGGUGAUGCUGAUGGGAAUGAGGGUUUAUGCCCAAAACCCUUACUGGACAAACCAAUCCCAAUUUUUCCACAAGAAGAAAAUGCUGAAACAUCUAGGCAGAACCCUAAUCCAACCCCCCGGAAGAAGAAGAAGAAGAAUGUUGAAGGUGCAGAGCAAGUUCAGACAUGUGAUCCUUCAAUCCUGACUGGUGUGGAACCUGAUGUUAUGAAGGAAGAAGGGGCACAACAAGGUUCAGACCUGCCAGCUGAAACAACUAGACAGAUCCAUGCCCCAACCCCCAAGAAAAACAAGAAGAAGGAUGUGCAAGGUGCACAACAGCAACUUCAGACAUGCGACCCUUCAAUCAUGAUAGGUGUGGAACCCAAUGUUAUGAAGGAAGAAGGAGCACAACAAGGUGAAGCUAAUGAAACUGCGGUCUUUGGAAUAAAUGAAGAAUGCCCUGGACCUGAUUCAAUGCCCCUGAAAGACACUCUCCGGAAAAAGAAGAAUGUGCUUAAGUCCCAGGGGGCUGAACCUGAACCAAAAUCAAAGGAGUCCAAUAAUACACAUCACCCUCAACAAUGCUACUCAGACUCAGAACUGAAAAUGAAGAUGAAAAAAGGGGCAGAAGCUAAUGCUGAGAACUCUGCAGUGUGCCCUAAACCUAAAUUGGCACUCCCAUCUGACAUAGCAAUCCCUAAUAAUUCACAAGUGAACAAAAGGGCAGAACCAACUGAAGCUAAGGUUGAGGAUCAGGCAUGUUCUAAACCUAAAUUAGCAUCCCCAAUAGACCUGCCAGCUCCAACAAACUCAGAAAAGAAAAAAGAGGUAGAACCUGUCCAAAACCCUGAUGCACGUGCUCAACCCCCUCAACCUCAACCUUGCUCUGCGCCAUGUGCAGAGCCUCCGGGUGAUCCAGCAACUCCAAUUGAUCAGAGAAGAAGAAAACAAAAAAGCAAGAGAGAAAAAGAAACAAUAAUAAUAUGCUCAGAAGAGGUGGAGAACCAAGGGAGCCCAUUGCAUAUGGACAUAACCCUCAACCAGGCCCCAGACCAGGUCCAACAAGACCAAGCAACCCCAAUAAGCCUACAACCAGCAUCCUUGAUGGACCAAACAAUCCUGGUGGAUCCAGCAACCCCAAUAGACCUAGAACUGACGAUGAAGAAGAUAAAGAAGAAGCAAAGGAAGAAGACAACUUCUACAGAGCUGCCAGAAAUCUCAAUUCAGACAUCUACAUGCCUUAUAGAAGCAUCCCCAAUAGACCCAGCAAUUCCAAUGGACCCUUGCCUUGCAAUCUCAACAGGCCCUGAACAGGAGAUGUCAAAGAAAAAGAAGAAAAGGAAGAGUAAGCUUGAAAGUGAAGCGGCAGAACUCAAUGAACACUACAAGCUGCCUGAAGCUGCUCCGCCUGAGGCCCCUGUUCAGAAAUCUAUAUACCAUACAGAUGCACCCUCAAUCGACCCAGUGGGCCCAUCUCCCCCUGUUGACACAGAAACCCCAAUAGACCAAGGUCAGCAGAUGACCAAGAAAAAGAGGAAGAAGAAAAAGAGGAUUGUGAUCAUAAUUGAAGGGACAGAAACCAAUGAACACGGUGUCAAGCCACCUGAAACCCUAGUUCAAAAAUUUGCAUAUCCUACAGUAACAACCUCAAUAGACCCAACAAUCCCAGUCCCAGCUCCCCCAAUAGAUCAAGGUCAGAAGAUGAGGAAGAAAAUGAGAAAGAGAAGUGCCCUUAUAAGCAAAGGAGCAGAACCUGAUGAACAUGAUGACAAGCCACCUGGAACCCCAGUUCAAAGAUCUAUACAUCCUAUAGCAGAACCCUCAAUAGACCCAACAAUUCCAGCAAGCCAAACUCCUCCAGUAGACCCAGCAACCCCAGUAGACCCUGAACCGAUGACCAAGAAAAAGAGGAAGAAGAAAAGGAACAGUGCAAAAAAUGAAGGGUUAGAAUCUGAGAAACACAAUGCUGAUCGAAUUGCAGAAACCCCAGUUCAAAAAACUGAAGGAUCCACAACUGAAAAUUCUAUGGGCAGAUGCAAUGUUGAGCCAGCUGGUAAAACCCUGGUUCAGAUUACUGACACUCUCAGAGUGACUAAAUCCCCCUUUAAACAUCAUGGUGAAAGUUCCUUGAGAUGCCGGGCAUGCCGACAGCCUGGUCAUAGAUUCCAACAAUGCCAGCGGCUGAAAUGUCUUUCCAUGGAUGAGGAAGUUUGCUUCUUUUGUGGGGAAAUUGGACAUUCCCUUGGAAAAUGCGAUGUGUCUCAAGCAGGGGGAGGAAGGUUUGCUAAGUGCUUACUCUGUUAUGGACAUGGACACUUCAGCUAUAACUGUCCUCAAAAUGGUCAUGGAAUUGAUCCAAAGGUGCUUGCAGUCAAUGGGGCUAUCAAUAGAAUUCCAUCUUGUAGCAGCAGUGGAAGCUCGAAGAGAGCUCUUGCCGAGGUUUAAUAUGUGAGCAGGGAUGGUCUUUCGGAUCACUCCAAGUCAAUUUACACAAGUACUCGUGCUCAUGUAUAUAGUUCUGGAUCUCGGUUCCUUAGCGGCCUAAGUUUUGAUGAUUUUAUAUCAUGUCUGGUAGCAUGGUGCCCAAUUUUUUUUUUAUUUUAUUUCAAGUUCUCUUAUGUAACAUAAACGGUAAUAUUAUUUCAGACCUUGUUGGGUUUUUGAAUCCAUUUUGUAUUUCUUUUCUACGUGGGGACUAGUUGGGAUAAUGCCUCAGUCUACUCCUUGCAGAAGUUAGAAUUAAGAUAGUGGAGUAGUAAGUUCAACACGGGAAUUGGCCCCCAAAUUUCUGAAUUCAGUUGAUGAUAAUAGUUGAGACAAUUUGGUUGCAGUCCCUCGGAAUAUAGAAUGGAUUGCCUGAGUAAUGAUGUAUGAACUUUAUUUACGAUUUUUUU